UAUAAAAUAUACAUUUAAGUUGAUUAUAAUUGUGUUCCUGCAGUCAGCCUGUAUUUUCUCUUCAGUGUUUCGUCACAACAUGGCGACGCGCUCAGACCCCAGGCUCGAUUUAAACACUGAAAACACACAGGUGACUAAAACUAUGGAGGCUGAUAUCAUCGGGGUUUGCGGUAUCGAGACACGAGGACUUGUUGAGGGUAGCAGUUCUCCAGAUUUGGGGACUCCAUCCCAGGAUAACGUGGAUGAUUUUGUGGGCCUGGUGAGCAGCGAAGAGGAGAGAGGAGAGACACCAGGAAGGGAGGAUAGCAACCCUGAAGAACUGGAUCGUUGUGCUGAGAAAACCAAGGACCAGAAAGCAUUCGGCAAAGAGGUACUAUUGCUGAUGCAGGCGCUUCAUGCUUUGGCCACCCCAGAGGAAAAACUUGCAGCGCUCUGUAAGAAAUAUGCCGACCUGCUGGAGGAGAGCCGCAGCAUGCAAAAACAGGUGAAGGUGUUGCAGAAGAAGCAGAACCAGGUGCUCAAAGAGAAGAUUCACCUGCAGAGCGAGCACAGCAAAGCUGUUCUAGCCCGGAGCAAACUUGAGAGCUUGUGCAGGGAACUUCAACGUCACAACAAGACCCUGAAGGAGGAGAACGCUCAGAGGUUUAGGGAGUACGAGGAGCGGCGCAAGGAGGCAACGCUGCACUUCCAGAUGACGCUCAAUGAGAUCGAGGCCCAGAUGGAGCAGCAUAACUCCCAUAACAGCAAACUGAGACAGGAGAACAUGGAGCUGGCCGAGAAACUCAAGAAACUCAUCGAGCAGUACGAGCUGCGGGAGGAGCACAUCGACAAGGUGUUCAAACAUAAGGAACUCCAGCAGCAGUUGGUGGACGCUAAACUCCAGCGGACGGCCGAGCUGAUGCGAGAGGUGGAGGAGAAACAGCAGAGGGAACGGGAGUUUCUACUGAAAGAUGCAACGGAGUCCAGACAUAAAUGUGAACUGAUGAAGGAGCAGGAGCAUCAGCUAAAACAGCAGCUCACUUUGUACAUGGACAAAUUUGAGGAGUUUCAGACCACACUCGCCAAAAGCAACGAGGUCUUCACCACUUUCAGACAAGAGAUGGAGAAGAUGACAAAGAAGAUCAAGAAGCUAGAGAAGGAGACCACUCUAUGGAGGACCAAAUGGGAGGCCAACAACCAGACUCUACUGCAAAUGGCAGAAGAGAAAACAGUGCGAGAUAAAAAUUACAAAGCCCUCCAAGGCAAACUGGAGCGCCUGGAAAAGCUUUGCAGGGCCCUGCAGAGAGAACGCAACGACCUGAACCAGAAACUCAAGUCUGUUCAGGGUCCAGCGAAAGAUCCUGAAGAAGAGGGUACGGGCCCUCCUGACCCCCAACCAGAGGAGCACCCGAACCAACCCUCAAACCCAGAUAUGACGAGAGAAGUGGAGGGGGAAAUGCCUGAAACAGAGAAACUCGGACUUCGGUCUGAGGAAGAAGGCGACACAUCAUCGAGACAACUCAUUGACAACUGAGCCUGGCCUUCUGGCCUGCCUUAUUUUUUUGUGGAGGUAUAUAUUUUUGUCUAACAAUUAUUAUCAUAACAGAAAUCGCGAGGAUAAAGCAGGACAUUAGUGAAGAAUCUAACUGCUCUGUAUGUUGUUAAUCAGCUUUGUGGCAAGCACUUUUUACUCCCUCUUUUUUAUCACAUUGUAUUUUCGUAGGAAAUGGUCAUGUGGUCCAAAAUGGCCGCCAUGCAGCUUUGUUUCGUACGGACGUUUUUUUUUCUUUUCUCAUUCUCAGCCGUUCUCUGCUCAGCUGUGCUGUGGUGGCACAUUUUUCUGUUCUCUUUAAUAAAAUGUAGCUCUUGGCACUGACUUAGGAUCAGAAUAAAUAAUUACGUAUGCAUAUAACGUCAAAUAUUGCUAUUUUUAAUCAGCCGUAUGUAGUAAAGAAGCUCUAAAUGUCUAGAUAACCUUGAGAGUUGAUAAACAGGGCAUUAAUAUCUCAAGAGAUGUUUUACAACAAGCUCACCUGCUCUUUGCCAUACUGAGUCUGAGCCAGGAAGGGUCCUUAACGGGUCACACUUCCAUAGCUUUGAUUAAAAUCCACUUGAAAGUUUAAAGAGAUGGGUUAAGAUUCCUAUGCGUCAGCUGGGACGCCUCACUGCCUGUGGCUUUUUUCCAUAUGAGAAUUUGAUUAAGGGCUAGUGUGACUUUAAAAGGCUGCUACAUCUUUAACCAUUGUGAAAUAGUACGAACCGUGUCACUUCCUUUAAGACUGAUUGUGUCGACUGAAAAACUUUAUUUUAUGUAACAGCACAUCUUUACCAACUCAUAAAGCCAAAUGCAUUUGAAAAUAACUCCAUUUAUUUUUGCAAGAGACAGGGUAGUUCAUUUUUGUUUUGUUGGUGUGAGGUGGAAACAACAUAAGCUAGUUAGACUAGACAAUAAAUUCAAUACAAGAUAUCAUUAGGCAAUGUCAAGAAAUAUUUUCCCCCCUUAAAUGCUAAAAUUGUCCAGACUGAUUUUUUUGUGAGCUUGCCAUUAUAAAAAUCCCUUUUUUAAAAACCUUAAAAAAAUAUAUAAUAGUUAAUCCCAACGCUCAAUACUUAACGUUUGUUGUAUUAAGAUAUGAUUGGUUCGAUUCAGAACCUGUUGCUUUUGUUUUUGGAAGCUCUACAUAACUUGAGGUUAAAUGUAAUUUCUUUGUAAUUUAUAAUAAGAGAAACACUUUGGUAUCUUAAUUUGAGCAAUUUUACCUGUUGACAGGUCACAUUAUUUCCUAGACAAAAAAAACUAUGUAAUUUAAAAAUAGGCCUUACCUUUUUUUGAUACUGGCUAUACUGAAUGUGAUUUGGUUUUGGACUUUAUAAUAAAUAAGAAUAAAAUAUCUGUAAUUUAAGAUAUACAUGCAAUGCUAAACUGUUCAUUAGAGCUGCAUAUAUUGUCAAUGUUGCUAAUAAUGUGAAACUAUAUCAUUGAAAACUCAACCAGUGAAUGUAGAAAUACAGAUUUCCAAUGCAAGCUGCCUCUUAGCUCUUCAUUAAAUGGCAUGGACACACAGGGUCUAAAAUCACUUGCCUCAGGUCCAUAAAGCAACAUUUGGCUUUGUGCAUGCCCAGAUCUGUCCUCUGAAACAGGCCAGUAUGUUACAUUUUGUAAGUGGAGAAUCCAAGACCAUACAUUGCAUUUUUUGAGAUCAUUUUAGUGCAAAAUAUGCAAUUUUCUGGAUGAGGUCCUUUGAUUUGAUAUCAGUCGUGAAUGUGUUUGACUUUGCCAAACUGAAACAGAUUUUCACCAGCUUUCAUCACUACUCUUCAGUUUGUUUGUUUUUUGUCGGAUCCAAGCACUUGAUAUACAUGUCUUGGACUUCUCUCUCUAUGUAAUAGUUUCACAUCACUUUUAAUUUUCUCUGUAAGUGGGGUCCAGUUUGUUUAAAAUUUGUGAGGUGUUGGUACCGUCUUUUGUAUCGCUUCUGCGUUCGCUGUUUAUUUUGGCAAUGCCCCAGUUUGAUUCUCAGGUUAUGCAAAAAAUCUACCUCUGCAGGUUAGACGUACUGUGAAAGACGCUCGAGAGAGCUUUUCUUUCUCCCCCAGCUCAGCCCAUGUGACCCCUCUGAGAUUGUACAAUGCUCUUGUAGUUUGUCUUGCUUUUCAAUAAAACAUUUUGUAGAAUUUUC